AUGGUAGAACAAAUUCCAAAUAUUACAGGUAUUUCAGACGACGAAAUAGGCAAUUCGCAACCUAUUUCAUUACCAUCAUCUAACAACUCAAAUUCUCAAGAAAUGCCUAUAUCAAUGCACAAUCGACCACCAAAGAAAACGGGCCAGAAGGGAAAUUUUCGAAGCAUUGAAGAAAUAGAUUCCAAAUAUAGGCACGUAUUUUCUUAUCCGUAUUUUAAUUUUGUGCAGUCGAGUGUUAUUGAAGAUGCUUUGUAUACUGACAAAUCUAUGGUUGUAUGCGCUCCUACUGGUUCUGGUAAAACAGUUGUAUUUGAAAUGGCUAUAGUACAUUUGCUUAUGGAACUUGAAGAUAUCAAUUACACUGACGAUUUUAAAAUUAUAUACAUGGCUCCAGUAAAGGCUCUUUGCACAGAAAGGCUCACAGAAUGGUACCCAAAGUUCAACAAACUGGGUUUAUUAUGUAUCGAAGUGACCGGUGAUACAGAUGUUGACUUCCCACAAUUAAAGCCUUACAGGAUAAUAAUAACAACUCCGGAAAAGUGGGACAUGUUGACUCGUAGGUGGAAAGACCACAGGUCAUUGGUCGAAGUUAUAAAACUGUUUCUAAUCGAUGAAGUUCAUAUACUGAAUGAUGAACUACGUGGACCGGUUUUAGAAGCUGUCGUUAGUCGAAUGAAGACGAUCGAAUCAUCAGUCCAAUCGGCUCACCGUAUAGAGAAACUGAAAGCGCAGUACCAAGGAACAGAUGCAAUAUCUACUUCAACUAAUACGUCAGUAGCUAGAAUAAGAUUUAUAGCAGUGUCAGCCACUGUUAGUAACCCAGAAGACGUAGCUGCCUGGCUUGGUACCAAAGAUCGACAGGCAGUUUAUUAUAAAUUCGGUAAUGAAAGUCGUCCAGUAAAAUUAAAGCGCGUCGUGGAAGGGUAUCCUUGCGCAGAAGGUACUAGCAUAUUUAAAUUCGACAUAAUCCUCAGUUAUAAACUUUGGCCUAUCAUCCAAAAAUAUCACAAUGGAAAACCUACUUUGAUCUUCUGUAACACAAGAAAAAGUGUAGUCUUAACUGCUGAAACCUUAUCAAAAGAGAUCACGGUUAGCUUUAACUCAGAACAGAGGAUGAAAUUGACAGCAUUGGCGUCUACUAUAAAGACUAAGAAAAUUCAGUCAUUAGUCAUGAGUGGUAUCGGGUGUCAUCACGCUGGCUUGCUUUUCGAAGAGCGUAUGAACAUAGAACACGCUUUCCGGAACAGAGAUCUGCCCAUACUUAUCACUACAACUACAUUAGCGAUGGGUGUUAAUUUACCGGCACAUCUAGUUAUUAUCAAGAAUACUCAGCAGUAUGUCAAUGGAGCAUAUCAGGAAUACAGCAUUAGCACCAUAUUACAAAUGGUGGGACGCGCGGGUAGACCACAAUUCGACACUGAAGCUACAGCAGUUAUUAUGACAAGAUUACAGGACAAGGCUAGAUAUCAAGCUUUAGUCGGUGGGAGCGAACCUCUCCAAAGCUAUCUACACAAACGUUUAGCGGAAAAUCUAAAUAGUGAAGCAGCGCUAUGUACGGUUGGGGAUGUCGCUCAGUGCGUUCAAUGGCUCAACUCUACGUUCUUUAGCGUUCGAGCCGCGCGCGACCCGAAGAGAUACCUUGGCUUACCACACGCUGCACCAGCGCAGCUAAUUUCUAAAAAAAUAGAAGAACUCUGUGUAAAAGCAAUGAACGGUCUUGCGAGUGCUGGACUGAUAACGAUGGAUGAAGCUAGUUGUAUCGAAUCAACUGAGGCGGGUCGUCUCAUGUCUGUUUAUUAUUUGGACUUGGAAACUAUGAAGCUAAUUAUGAAGUUGGAAGGGACAGAAUCUCUAGAACGGCUCCUAUGGAUGGUAUGUGAAAGCCAUGAACUAUCUGACAUGCAUCUUCGCGUCGACGAACGAAGAUGUUUGAACGCUCUCAACAGGAACAACGCGGCUGCAACCAUACGUUACCCUAUGAAAGGGAAAAUUAAUAGUCGACAGAUGAAACUUAACUGUAUAAUCCAAGCGGUACUUGGUUGCUUACCCAUCCCAGACCCUUCUCUCAACCAGGAAGCUAUGAAGAUUAUGAGAAUCGCCGAUAGAGUUUGCAAAUGUUUGGUAUCUUACGUAACUCGGCCCAAUUUUUUCACCCAACGUCCAAAGUUUUUUACAACGAUAUUAAAUUCCUUGAUAUUAGCUAAAUGUAUAUCGACACGUUUAUGGGAAAAUUCACCUUACGUUAGUCGACAGUUAAAGGGUAUAGGACCAACAUUUAGUGCCUUGUUGGCGUCUGCAGGAAAAGUUAAUUUCAUGUUACUGGAAGAGAGUCAUCCGAGAGAUUUAGAAAGGAUAAUGAACAAAGGGCCACCAGCUGGUAAUAUUUUAAGAAAACAGAUAAGUUUACUUCCGAAGUACAACCUCACUGCCACACCAAUAAACGAAAAUACCGUUGAAAUACAGUUGUCGUUACUAAAUCACGCAUUUUUAGCUGAAAAUCGUGAAAACUUAACAGCUGGUAUUAAUCAUAAAAGUAAUGUUAUUGUGGGAGAUUCUGAAAACUGCCUGCUGUACUUCACAAAUUUUACGGAGUCAAAUCUUAUAAACGUUUACGAUGGAUGCAUGACCUUUAACAUAACAAGAUCCAAUAAUAAUGAGCAAAAAAUAUACGUUCAUUGCGUCAGUUCAUGUUUUGUGGGUAUCGACGCACAGUGUCAAUAUUUAUUCAAGGACAUUAAUAUUACUUCCACCAAUAUUGAUAAUCAUCAACAUCUAUCACUUGUAUCGUCGAAAAAUUCAACACAACCGGCGUCAUCUGAUAUUGCUAAAAUUAGAAAAAGAAAAACUCAAAAUGAUGGAGAAAAAACACAAUCUAAGGAAAAGAAAAAACGUGAAACUGAGCUUAUAGCAAAAUUUAAUGUCCUUAAAGAAUCAUUUGAAAAGGCGUCAAAGGAAAUUAAAGUGAACUUUAACGAGACUGCAGAAAAGUCAAAUAAAAUAUUAGAAAAUUUAAUUGAACCUGAAGACAGUUCCCAUAAAGAUUCUAACGAACCAGAACAACAAGAUCUAAUGUUAAGUAGUGAUAGUUUUCAAAAUGCAUUCCAAGUGGAACUUGAAUACGAUGAUUUUGUAGACGACAAGCAAGUUAACGAUAUAUUGGAUGAUAUUGAAAAAGAAAUUAAAAUCGGAGUAAAUAAAAGCGUUGACACGACCUCUUGUCAAAAAAAAAGUAACAUUAAUGAUGAAAGUGAUACAGCUGAAAUUGAAAAUGAUAACGGGUUUAACAAUGCUGUAAAACUAAAAUUAGAAAAAUAUUUAGAAAGAACAAACAAUGAUACCAAGGCAAAAACGAAUGCAACAGGCAUAAUAGAAUCAACAAUUCGUAAUGAAGGAGAAAAAUCAAUAGAAUGUUACGAUACGGACGAUAUGAUUAUAAACGAUACAAACGAAAGAUUAGGCAAGUGCGAAAUAACUAAUACUGUGGAAGUCUUAAGACAAAUUAGUGAAUCAGAUUGCAGAAAUAAAGAUAAAAUAGCUUUGGAGAACCGAUCUCCACGACAUGAAAAAGAUACGAUUACCGAAAACUUUAUAACAUCAAAUAAAGGUGAGAUUGUCACACAUGAAUUCAAGUUACCACUUUUAGAAAACAAUGCUAGUAAUAAUGACGAAGAAAAUGACGGUAAUAAAAUAGUAACUGUAGCGUCUAAUGAAAAAAAUAACAAUAUAUGCAAUAUUGCACCAAAUAUUUUGAUAAUUAAUGACAAAAAUUUAAUGAAGACCCCUGAAUUUGGUACACUAAAAUCGAUUUCAACCACAAAAACAAAAUCUGUAGCUGAUUCCAACGAUUUAGAAAACUUUAACCAUUGUGUAGGUACACAAUGGUUAAAGUUAUCACAUAAUAAUUAUGUUGAAAGUAUAUUGCCACUGCUCGAAAAUAAAUGCUUUGGGGCAUAUAAUAAUGACAAUCAUUUAAAAACUAAUUUAAACAACACAGUUCUAACAAAUAGAAACACAUCAAAAUAUAAUAUGAAAUAUCAUAGCCUAAACAAAACGAAUUAUUUUAAUACAACAAUUGAAAACGCUAACAAAGAAAAGGUUCGCUUAAUAGGAAAAUUGGAAAUCAAUUUAAACUUGGCUGAAAUAGUUUCUAGUAACAACGACAAUUCUGAGGUCAAUACGGAAAAACAGAAUGCAAAAAUUGAAGAAGAUUCAGGAAUUUAG